AUGCUCAGGUCCACCUGGAGUGUACGUAGUCUGGUGACUGCCGGCCAGAUAUCCUGUACGAGAUCGCUGCAUUCUAAAUCAACACCGUUUCCUAACAAAUUGGCAUUCGCAUUCGACAUUGACGGGGUGUUGAAACAAGGUCAUCAUAAUGUUUUACCCCAGGCUAAGAGGGUAUUGAAGUUAUUAUCAGGUGAAGAUGGUAGAUUGCCCAAACCAAUACCCUUUCUGCUGAUUACGAACGGAGGAGGUGUACCAGACGAAGAGAGACGAGCGGCCCUGUCCUCUGAGCUAGGUAUACGACUCACUGAAAACCAGCUGGUCCAGAGUCAUACACCGAUUAAAGAAUAUGUCGAUAAAUAUAGGGAUAAACCUGUUUUGGUAUUAGGUGGGAAAGGAGAGAGCUGUAGGAGAGUUGCUGAAUCAUACGGAUUGAAACACUCUUACAUCCCUCAGGAUAUCAUAGCUUGGAAACCUUCUAUAUGGGAUAGGACCGAAUUGACAGAUGAAGAAAGGGGAUUUGCCAGACCAAAAGACUUCUCCCAAAUACCAUUCUCGGCCGCUCUGAUGUUCCACGAUUCGCACGAUUGGGGAAGGGACAUAACCCUCAUAUUGGAUUUGAUGUCUUCCCAUCGGGGGAUAUUCGGUACGAGAAGAGAAGGUCAUGAUAGGGCGGACGUAAAGGGAGAUGUAGAGUUGGUAUUUAGUAACGCCGAUGUUGAAUGGAGAUCUGAUUGGCCAAUACCGAGAUUGGGUCAAGGUGCAUUUAGAUUAUCACUUGAAAGUAUAUACAAGUCUACAACAGGGUUGGAACUACCUUAUAAACAAUUUGGAAAACCUUUCAAAGCGACGUACGAUUUUUCGGAAUUGAUGUUACGUAGAUACCUGAAGGAGGUAGGGAGGGAUCCAGAGGGAGAGUUGAACGUCUAUAUGGUAGGCGACAAUCCCCUCUCCGAUAUUGAUGGGGCCAAUCGACAUGGCUGGUCUUCCAUCUUAGUGAGGACAGGUGUAUUCCACGAUACUCACGGGGAAGUACCGAGUCAUAAACCUACGAUUAUAGCUGAUGAUGUGGAGAAGGGUGUGGAAUGGGCUAUCCAGGAGGAAUUGAGGAGGGGGAAUUUAUAG